AUGAAAUCGCUCACUCUAUACGAUAUUCCCUCCCAAUUGCCUGGAAGCUACUGGUCUCCAAAUACAUCGAAGCCCAGGUUCGUCUUAAGCUACAAGGAGCUACCUUUUGAAACUGUCUGGGUCGAGUACCCAGACAUUGCGACUGUUCUGAAGGGUCUUGGCGUACCGCCUAAAAAGAGAUCCGACGGUUCAGAAAUGUAUACCGUCCCUGUACUCAGCGACCCCAACACUGGCGCUCUGAUCGACGAAUCCCUCGAGAUCGCAGCAUAUCUCGAGAAAACUUAUCCCGCAAAGCCCGUCUUCCCGCACGGCUCCGAGAUGCUCAUUCGUGUAUUCGACUCUUCAUAUCUCGACGAUGCGCACCCCAUCGUGAGGCUGAUAUUUGUGCGUGUUGCAGAGAUUCUGAACCCCGUGAGCGCGGAGUUUUUCCGUCGGACGCGCUCAGAGAGGUUACAACUUCCGUGGGACGAGUUUUCACCUGAGGGUCCGAAACGCGAUGGUGAUUGGACAUAUUUGGAGCAGGGUUUCAAUAAAGGAGAAGCGUUAUGGGCGAAGAGUGGUCGGGAGUGGGUUAUGGGAGGUACGUUCUCGUAUGCGGACAUCAUCGUGGCAAGUCGGCUGUUUUGGUACAAGCGCGUCCUGAAAGAGGAAGAGUGGGCUCGGAUCAGCUCUUGGAAUGGUGGGAGGUGGGCAAAGCUAGGUGCAGCUGCUGACAAUGCAGCCCAUCAUCCUAUACGACAUACCAAGCAAGCUUCCCAAGAAGAGAUGGGCGCCCAACCCAUCAAAGACGAGGUGCCAUUCUGUCUGGGCCAUAAAGGCCUUCCACAUGAAAUUAUCUGGGUGGAGUCCCGUAAUAUUGCUGUGACCAUGAAAGGCAUUGGCGCAUCUCCAACAGCUGGAGAAAGAUACACCUUGCCAGUUAUUAAAGACCCCAACACUGGCGCAGUGAUCUCUGACUCCCACGCAAUUGCCAAAUACCUCGAUGAGACCUACUCCGACAAGCCGCUGAUACCUCGUGGGGCACACGUCCUCGUACAGACCUUCGAGACCCUGUUUAUCAACACAGUCUUGGCACCGUUCUCAAGACUCCUUAUGACCAGAACUCUCGAGAUACAAAAUGAUGAGAGCCGUGAAUUUUUCAUCAAAUCGCGGUUAAAGAUGUUCAGAGAAACACGCUGGGAAGAUGUGGCUCCCGCAGGAAAGACACAGCAAAUGUGGGCUGGGUUCAAGAAGGGCCUUGAUGUGGUGGAUGGGUGGUAUUUAAAGAGCGGAGGAAGGUGGAUUAUGGGAGAUAUAUUCUCAUUCGCAGACAUUGUCGUGGUUUCUUGGGUAGCUUGGUGGGGCGCUGUUUUGAACGAACAAGAACACCGGGAGAUCUAUGCCUUGCAUGGUGGAAGAUGGGGGACUUAUCAUAUUCUAGGCAUCAAAGAAUAUUCCAUACCUCUAGGCGCCCUUCAAAAUAUGGCAGCGAAUGAUACCGAGCUGCAACAAAGGGCCGCGGAAAAGGAAGCAGAGAAGGCGACAAAUUGUGCUAGAAUCUUGACCGAAACUUUUGGUCAUGCAGGGUACAAGGGGAAGCAGAAGGAAAUCGUCGAGGCAGCUAUUUCUGGAUUCGAUGUUUUUGUAUUAGCACCGACGGGAAUGGGCAAGAGCCUGUGCUUUCAGAUUCCAGCAAUCGCAGAUAAGUUUGGUAUCUCCAUCAUAGUUUCACCACUAUUGGCCCUGAUGAAAAACCAAGUAUCGAGUCUGCGCCGCAAAGGACUCCCCGCGAUUUCUUGGACAUCGGACACACCACCGAGUGAACGAGAUCAAAUCAUCGAGGACCUCGAAUCAGGGAAACCGAAAACCCGUCUUCUAUAUACCACACCUGAAAAACUUUGCACGCGUGAAAUGACGCGUCUCCUUGAAGUUGUUUAUGCCGAGGGCGAACUCAACAGGUUGGUUGUGGACGAGGCGCACUGCAUAUCUGAGUGGGGUCACGAUUUCCGUGAAGAAUAUCGCAAGUUAGGUUCUUUCCGGGAACGAUUCCAUGGAGUGCCCAUUAUGGCACUCACAGCAACUGCUACUCCGAGCGUUCAAGCAGACAUUAUACGCAACCUCAGGAUGUCGGAAGAGAGACUAUUUACCGCCUUGCAUCCGUUUAAUCGCGCUAACUUAUUCUAUGACAUCAAAUACACCGCGGCGCUAGACUCCCUAUCUCGUAUGUCAGCCGUACACGAUUUCGUAAUGACCCUACACCGUCGUCGGGCCCGACCGAGCUCCGGGAUCAUUUACUGUCGUGCCCGUCGGACGUGCGAUGAUCUGUCGGCCUUUCUGAGAGGAAAAGGAAUCAGUGCCAGGCCAUAUCAUCGCGGAAUUAGUUCACGUACACUGGAUAAGACGUUGAACGAGUGGGAAGCAGGUGGAAACGGUGAUGGUGGUGUUGACGUGGUAUGCGCAACCAUUGCUUUCGGGAUGGGGAUCGAUAAAAGCGAUGUCCGGUAUAUCAUUCACUACGACCUUCCGAAGAGCUUUGAAGGGUAUUAUCAAGAGACAGGGCGAGCAGGCCGUGAUGGCUGCCCUUCCAAAUGCGUCCUCUAUUACUCUCGCGAAGACGCCUUUCGCCUCCGCAAAUUAGUAUCCGAUAGCCAUGCUAAGAGAGAACGCGCAGCAAAUACCAUGUACGGUCCUCAACCUAGCCAAAGGUCCAUCGACAGUUUCAGUGCAUUGAUUGGAUUUGCGGAAAAUGCAACUAUGUGCCGACACGUGUCCAUCUGCAAGUACUUUGGUGAAAAAAUAGACGCUAGCGACAGGGAGGUCGUCAAGAGCUACUGUGAUAAUAUGUGUGAUGUGUGCAAAUACCCUGAUAAAGCUCUACGCAAAAAACAGAAUCUCUCCUCGGAGGACCGCGUUGCUGCACUGUCACACUCACGCUCCUUUAACACAGAUGCAUUCGAAGACGACGCCGGGGAAUCAUAUCCAGCGCCUCAAAUGCCUCCUCCCGGUCAGCGCAAUGCUGGACAGACGGCCAACGGCGUGUUAAAAAGGGCCAAUGCUGGUCCUGCAGGUCCUUCCACGAAGAAGGCAAAGCUACAGCCACUGCCACCUUUAUUAAUCACGAAGCCUUAUAGUUCUGUCGAUACCUUAAGGAAGCCAUUCAAAACACCGUUCAAGGUGCUGUUCAAGCAGCCUCCACAAGAAGCGCGCAUUAUAGAGUCUUCGGAUGCUCAGCAAACUAUCCAAAAAGACGAAGACCAAACCCACGAUAAUGACGAGGUUGAAGUCGUCGACGUCAGCUUUGAUUCAGCUUGGCAAGCUUCGCGUGAAGAGCUGCCCCAAGACGAUGUUCUGGACGAGGAGCCUACAAACUUUUGGCAAGGUGGCAGUGAUAUCUCCGUCGAUCAUGAUCCUCAAGUAGACCUACCCGAAAUUGAUAUCGAACUGGAAGCAAGCAUCUCCAAGAAGAUACCCGAACCAGCAAGGAUGGAGGUCUUCCGCACUAUCAGACAAGCUUUACACAGAACCCUUCGCUGGGACGAUAGUGAUGAUGGGCUAUGGGUCCAUUUGAGCAAUGCUCCGUCCAACUCCGAAGCAAGACAUCUGAUCCUAGCGGAAGCCUCUAAAGAGAUAGAGUACUCUGUGCAUGCAAUGUCCGCCACCGAGUCAGGUUAUGAUCAGAGAGCAAAGGUAAAAAUGCAUGUGGUCAAGCUCAUGGAACACAGAGAAAGUCUUUGGCCGAUCGACGCGGCUCAUUAUGAUGAGGACGAGGAGGAAGCGAUCGAGAUGAUAGGAUUGCUGAGGAAUAUAUGCAGUCGCUGGAGAAAGCUUGGUAAAAGAAAAGCUACAUGA